CCCUCCUCAAAUCGAUCCAUAGUCCCGAGUUCUUCAGCACUCGCUACCGUCCUGACCGUUUCCCAUAUUGCUUCGACCAGGUCCAUAUUCGCCUGAUAUCUCGGGCAUCUUCUGACUUCAAGGGGCAAGUCAUACUCCUCAGGCCAUCAUUUUAGGCCUGCAUUCUUCCAUAGCCAGCCGAGCCAUCGCCAGAGUUUCACAUUCACCAAGCGACGUCAUUUCCGUAUUUUUUUUUCCCAAGCCGCCAGCCGCCUCCCAAACACCCAUCACAGCCCCAACAGCAACAUGGCAGACCAGACUUCAGCGGAUGGGAAUCACCACCUUGUCAAGUCGGAUGACCCCGAGCACCCCGCCAAUCUCAUCCCCUCGCUCUGCGCAAAGUUUUGGAAUCUCGGCUGGGUCACCGGCUCUGGAGGCGGCUGCUCGAUACGCAACGAUGAUCUCGUCUACCUCGCCCCCUCGGGCGUCCAAAAGGAGCUCAUGAAGGCCAGCGACAUCUACGUCCUCUCCCUCGCCGCGCAAACCGACUUCAAGAUCAGGGUGUACCUGCGCUCGCCACCCAUCUACAAGCCCUCGCAGUGCACCCCGCUCUUCCUCGCGGCCUUCACCAAGCGUGGCGCCGGCUGCUGCAUCCACACGCACUCCCAGUGGGCCGUGCUCGUCACCCUGCUGCUCGAGACGGGCGCUGCCGCCAAGGGCAGCAACAACCACCACCCGCGCCUCUUCGAGAUCAACAACAUUGAGCAGAUCAAGGGCUUCGGCAAGGGCCACGGCAAGCAGGGGAACCUGGGAUACCACGACACCCUGCGAAUCCCCGUGAUCGAGAACACCGCGCACGAGGAGGACCUGACCGAGUUCCUCGAGGCCGCGAUGGACGAGUACCCGGACACGUACGCGGUGCUGGUGCGGCGGCAUGGCGUGUACGUGUGGGGCGACAACGUGCACAAGGCCAAGACCAUGUGCGAGAGUCUCGAUUACCUCUUCCAGCUCGCCGUGGAGAUGCACAAGAUGGGCAUCCCGUGGAUCAGCGACGUUGCCGAAACCCUGCCGACUUCCAAGACGGCAUGAUUGCAUAACGCAAGGCGAUCU